UUCACUCUUCAACAGGCAGUAUAAGCAAUGGGAGCCAAGAACGCUAAUUCUUCGGGCAAAGUGCCCGAAAGAGCAGGAAGCGAGAAGUACCAGAGAGGAGGGAAAUUCAAGAAGACCAAAUACAAUUCAAAAAAUAAAAGAUUAAACUCUGGGAUGAAAAGAAUCGAUAGACAGUAUAAGGAUGCAGUUAGAUCAGCAGCAGGGACCGAUUUGUUGUUGCAAGAAAACGAAGGUUUAUUAGAGGCCGAGGGCCCAAUGGAAAAGACCUUCAAGUUCAAGCAAGAUGAUAUAGCAGAAGUGGUUGAUCAAAGUACUGCUAAUAAAAAAUUUGAAUUACAGUUAAAUGAAUUCGGACCGUAUAAUCUUGACUAUACUAGAAAUGGUAGAGGCCUUUUAAUAGCAGGUAGAAAAGGGCAUGUUGCAUCUAUGGACUGGAGAACAGGACAGUUAGAUUGUGAACUUCAUUUGAAUGAGACUGUUCAUGCUGUUAAAUAUUUACAUAAUGAUCAAUAUUUUGCAGCAGCUCAAAAGAAGUAUACUUUUAUAUAUGAUAAAUCAGGAGCUGAAAUCCAUCGAAUGAAACAACACAUUGAUACUACAUUAUUAGACUUUUUACCAUAUCAUUUCUUAUUAACAACCGCAGGAAAUACCGGAUUUUUAAGAUACCAUGAUGUUUCCACUGGUAUAUUAGUUAGUGAACAUCGAACAAAAUUAGGACCAACGCAAGCCAUGAAACAAAACCCAUGGAAUGCAGUUAUGCAUUUGGGUCAUGGUAAUGGUGUUGUUUCAUUAUGGUCACCAAGUAUGACUACCCCAUUAGUAAAGAUGCAAUCAGCUAGAGGACCAAUAAGAGACUUGGCAAUAGAUAGAGAAGGUAAAUAUAUGGCAGUUAGUGGGAGUGACAAAUCAUUGAAAAUAUGGGAUUUAAGAAAAUUAGAACCUAUAGAUACUUAUUAUACACCAACCCCUGCAACUAGUUUAGAUAUAUCGGAUACUGGAUUAUUAUCAGUCGGGUGGGGACCACACGUUACAGUUUGGAAAGACAUUUUUAAAACCAAACAAACUCAUCCAUAUAUGAAUCAUUUGAUUCCAGGAUCAAAAAUUGAUAAAAUCAAGUACGUUCCAUUUGAAGAUAUUUUAGGGGUUGGACACCAAAAGGGGAUUUCCUCAUUAAUUAUUCCAGGAUCUGGUGAAGCCAAUUAUGAUGCAUUAGAAUUGAAUCCAUAUGAAUCAGUUAAACAAAGACAAGAAUCCGAAGUUAAAGGAUUACUUAAUAAAUUGGCUCCAGAUACUAUUACUUUAGAUCCAAAUGUUAUUGGUACUGUUAAUGCUAGAGCCAAUGGUAUAAGAAUAGGACCACAAGGUAAUGUUAUUGAAACCAUUGCUCAUGAUGAUGAUGAUCAUAAGGGAAAGAAUUACUUACAAAGAAAGAGUCAACUGAGUAUGGAUGAAAGAAGAUUAAGAACCGAAAGAAACAUCCAAUUACAAAAAGAAGCAAGAGAAAAACAACGUAUGGGUAUAAUCGAAGAUGACGACGAAGAAGCGGAUGAAUUAGAUUCAGCAUUAGCAAGAUUCAAAUGAGUUUAUUUUUAAUAGAAAACUGUGUAUAUUAUAUAAAAUCUAAUAUCUACAACGAUAUAGUCA